UUCAUUUGGUAUCUUGUUUUGUUUUGGUUGAUGCUAGAAAUCUCGAUUGGAUGUAAAAUAAACCAAUUUACCUGUCUCAUCUCAUAUUAAGUUAUUUAAAUAAUUAGUUUUCUUUUUAAUUCAGUGGACUGAUUUUUUCAUCUAUAAUAAGUCAGUUAGUGCGCCAUUAUAACUAAAUUGUGAUUCUUUAAUCAACCCAAUCAUUUCAACAAGUGUUACAUUGAACGAGACUGAAAAAGAUUGAACCUCAACAUUGAAACCUUGUCUUCUCUCUCUCCUUUCUUUAUCACUCUCUUUAUUUCCAUCCCCUAAUUCAUCUCAUUUCUCUCUCAUUCUUUUUUAUUUUUUUUCAAUUAUUUCUCUCUAUUCAUCAUUCAUUUCAUUCUCCCCUGUCUCCUACAUUCUCUCCCUGUGCUCUACCUUCAUAGUGUUUUCUCAUUUGUGUUAAAUAAUACAUUUAUAUACAUAAAUACAUAAAAAUGCAAUCGCUUAAAUCAGUCUCUCAGAAAUUAAUGAGAUUAGAUUUACAAGUAAGAAAAGAAAAUGAGUGCCAUAGACUUGAAAAUGAUACUUAUAUGGCUGCUCACUGUUUAAGUCCUCGACCUCGGCCUCGGGCCUUACCAAUUGACUCCAAUUAUUUUGGUGCUAAUGGUAGAGCCUCAGGUAGAACCAGCUCACCGUCAGGUAGACCAAUGAAACAGCCUAAACCUCUUCUGUUCACAAGUGAUCCUUCCACUCCGUUGAACAUUUCUGCUUCAUCUGGAUCCGAAAAUAAACCAAAUUUAAGUGAUAGAUUCACAAGAAAUUGUACUCUCCAAGUUAAUGGAAAGACAUACAAAUGUGAAAUGGAGGACCUGGAAUUUAUCUGUGAUCUUGGUUUUGGCUCUUGUGGCCAAGUUACCGAAAUGAAACACAAAGAAUCAGGAAUAACCGUCGCAGUCAAACAAAUGCGACGAAGCGGCAAUGAUGAAGAGACAAAGCGUAUAGCUAUGGAUUUAGAUGUUCUUUUAAAAUGUUCAUCAUGUAAAUAUAUUGUCCAGUGCUAUGGUUAUUUGAUAUGCAACUCAGAAGUUUGGAUUUGUAUGGAGAGAAUGACUACCUGUUUUGAAAAGCUUCUCAAGAAGUUGAACCCCCAGACUAAUGAAACAAAUUCUAAGAAAAAGAAAAAGGGUAUUCCACAAGAUGUUCUGGGUAAAGUUGCUGUAGCCACUGUUAAGGCCUUGGAUUAUUUGAAAGAGAAACAUGAUGUAAUUCAUCGUGACGUUAAGCCCUCCAAUAUUUUGAUAAACAUGAAAGGAGAAGUCAAAUUAUGUGACUUUGGUAUCAGUGGCAAACUGGUAAACUCUAAGGCUAGAACGAGACAAGCCGGUUGCGCAGCGUAUAUGGCGCCUGAAAGAAUUGAGCCUCCAGAACCAUCUUACGAUGUAAGAGCCGAUAUUUGGAGUCUUGGUAUAACUUUAUUAGAGCUUGCAACUGGGGAAAAUCCAUAUCCAGGAUGCCAAACUGAUUUUGAAGUACUCACCAAAGUAAUGACUGCUCCACCACCCAGAUUACCCGAGGAUGGUGAUUUUAUGCCACAAUUACGACAAUUUAUUAACUCAUGUUUGAUUAAAAACUUCAAAGAAAGGCCAAAAUAUAAGGAGUUAUUGGCUAGCGAUUAUAUAAAAUAUUUCGAUGAAAAAGAGGUUAAUAUCACGCCGUGGUUGGAAUCUGUCUACGAGGAAGAUAACAAAAAAUGAUUUUUGGCUUGGACAAAUUCAUCAUCUUCAUUGACACUCAUCACCAUCAGCAUCAGUAUCAACAAAAAUAACAACCUUUUUUGGGCUCCUUUAUUUGUCGAUCUAGAAACCACAAAAAAAACAAACCGUGAAAAGCAACUGUGUAAAAAGGAAAACAUUAGACAAGAAGAUCAUGUAAAAGUGGAUCUUUAAAGCAAAUCCUUUAAGAUUUACGAAAUGGUGAUACAAGUUGAGUUAUUAUUUAUGUAAUAAAUUGUUUACUUCGACUGUGAACCAUCGUAAGAUAAUGCUUCCUUAGUUCGGCCAAAAGAAUAAUGUUAAUAUUAAUUAUAAUAAUUAUGACAAUAUUAAUAAUAUUAAAGCAAUUAAACACUA